CUGCCUUCCUUCCUUCUGAAGCUCAGCUCCAGCCUAAGUGUUUCCUUCCCAAUCCCACUCUGGACGGAGUUCUACCCGGCGACUGAUGACGCGGAGGCGCUCCCCCUCCCCAUUGGCUGCCUGCCUUCCUGCCUGCCUCCAAAGGAUUUCUGCCCGGGAUUGAGAGUUGUUCUGCUUGCAGAACCGGGAUCGACCCAGAGUGCGGACGCGAGUGAGACCCUCUCCUCCAGGAUGGGCGCCACCCGGGCGCUGUGGGCACUCUGGGCGGCCCUGGGAUACUACAACUCCCAAGCAGGGGCCUUCGUGCUUCACCUGGAGACGGACUGCUUCCUCUCACCCUCCGGCCGGGCCCUCUGGGCCAACUGGACCAUGGCCUUCAACCAGCUGCCCUUGGUCUGCUAUGACAACGAAGGCGGGCACUUCCUGCCCUGCGGCCUAGGGGAAGUGAACCCGUGGUUCCCAGUCGCCUCGUCCAUCUCCCAGUGGCUGGACACCCAUGGCCCCCCACAAGGGCCCCAUGCCCGCCAAGCCUGCCAGAACCAGACCCAGCCCAUCUGGAAGCGUACAGCCGAGCGCAGGGCCCCCCCACAGGUGCUCAUCCACCCGGUGACUCGGCAAGGCCCCCCAUCGGCCAGGGUGCUGUCCUGCGUGGCCUGGGGCUUCUUCCCGCCGGAGGUGGACAUCGCCUGGUUCUGGAAUGGGGCCCCCGUGGAGGCCCAGCAGGGCCCCCUCUCCCUCCGCAGCAACGGAGACUGGACCUUCCAGGCCGAGAGGAGCCUGGCCCUGGAGCCCCGUCCCAGAGGGAUCUACUCCUGCCGCGUGAACCACCCCAGCCUCCAGGAGCCCAUCGUCGUGGAGUGGGUGCCCGGUUUGCCCCUGGAUCUGCGCCUCAAGGUGGGCCUGGCGGGGGCCGUCCUGGGCCUGGGACUGGUCUUCUUCAUUGCCGCAGCUGCCGUGUUCUGGAGGGAAAACGGGCGACAAGGUUACGUUCCUAUUGAGGGCAGCUCUUUCCCAGAAGGUCACUGAGAGGCCAAAGCCACCCCAGGGGACCACGGCUGACCCCCACCCAAAUGCCUUGCCUUCUGUGCUGGGAGCAACUGGGAGGAAGGGUCCCACCACCAGUUUGACCCCAUGCGCCCUAUGCGUCGGCAGCCUUUGAAAGAUGCCUUGAGUUGAGAGGGGAGAGAAGCCAACGGUGUUUUUAACCUCUUUGAGGCAUAUUUUCAAAAAAAAAAUUGUUUGCAUAAAUAUGCGCGGUGUGCUUUUAAAACUAGGUGACGUGGUGCUAUUUGCAUACAGCCAAUCAGGAAGCCUUUACGCCGUCCGUUCCUGCUCAGUCUUCAAUGCUUGUUUAGAGCAAAACGGGGCUUUGGAGGCUAACAGAUUAUUGGAAUAAAGGCUGGUUUAUUUCCUA